CGCAAAGCUGUCAUUUGCCGAAACUUCCACGGUUGCGCUCUUUUCACGGCGAUCUCCAUCGUUCGGAUCGUCUUUCCGUAAACGGUUUUAAUAUUUGACUUUAUCGGGGACAUCGUACCCAAGUUUCUAUAACAAAAUGGUCCAAAAGAAGCCUAAGAAGAAGGUAGGAAAGAAAGUAGCUGCCGCCCCAUUGGUAGUGAAAAAGGUAGAAGAAAAGAAGGAAGUUAAUCCUUUGUUCGAAAAGAGGCCAAGAAACUUUGGAAUUGGCCAAGAUAUCCAACCCCCACGUGACUUGUCUAGGUUUGUGAAAUGGCCCAAAUACAUUCGCAUCCAAAGACAAAAGGCUGUUUUGCAAAAGAGAUUGAAGGUGCCACCACCAAUCAACCAAUUCUCUCAAACUCUUGACAAGCAAACAGCAACUCAACUGUUCAAGGUUUUGGAAAAGUACAGGCCAGAAACUGCUUUGCAGAAAAAGAACAGGUUGAAGGCUAAGGCUGAAUCUAAGGUGGCCAAGAAGGAAGAAGCACCAACAAAGAAACCCAACACUCUCCGUGCUGGCACCAACACAGUCACCAAACUGAUUGAACAAAAGAAAGCUCAAUUGGUUGUGAUUGCCCAUGAUGUUGAUCCAAUUGAAUUGGUGUUGUUCCUUCCCGCUCUGUGCAGAAAGAUGGGAGUCCCAUACUGCAUUGUGAAAGGAAAGGCACGUUUGGGACUGUUGGUCAGACGCAAGACCUGCAGCGCGGUAGCUUUGACUCAAGUAGACUCUGGUGACAGGGCCAACUUCAACAAGCUGGUUGAAACCGUCAAGACCAACUUUAACGAUCGCGCUGACGAGAUCAGGAAACACUGGGGUGGUGGUCUGCUCGGCAGCAAGUCUGCCGCUCGCAUUGCCAAGAUUGAAAGGGCAAAGGCUAAAGAGCUUGCUCAAAAACAAGGUUGAGGAAACUCUUUUUGUAAUAAAUAAGAAUAAAAGUUU